GGACACAAGAGGAGGAAGGCAGCCUGAAGAUAAAGCAGCUCCAGUCCUGCCUGCCUGCCUGUGAUAACCAAACCAGGAUUUUGCACAUCAGCUGCUUUAACGUCUUUGCUGGAUUCAUUUUAAUUUGUAAUUUAUAUUUUAUUACGUCUGAGCUCAGGCAUACAGACAGACAAUCAGACAGACGGACUGACAUAUGGACAGAGAGCAGUGGGCACUGCGGCGUGAAUGUAGCAACUGGACUUCUCUUCUCCCUGGUAACUGAGACCAAGCAAGGAUAGUAGCCAGAGCAGUAGCCUGUCCGCUGAGGUGGUGGGUGGAGGCAGCUCUCAGCAGAUUGCUAUAGGGGAAGGCAGAGGCUGUAUAGAAGCUGCAGAGACACGUCUAUAGUUGAUCCACACUGUUGUGAUCAUCAGAAAAUGGAUUGUUGCCUCCAAGUAGACUCUUGAGACUCUCUCUCUCAUCAAAGAACUCACAAAGACCUGUGGACUUUCCUCUCAAAGACUUUGUGCCUCAUGCUGAGUGGACCUACAUGUUUUCUCUGUAGAUGAGCGUGGAGUGUGUGUAUCACUAAUGAUGGAAGAGUGGGUAAGGACCGAGUAUCUGACACUGAUGCUGCUGUGCGUCGUUCUGACGGGCAGGGCUCACACAGCCCACAGCAUCUACCCAAGGAUACGGCUCUCCCACCGCGAGCUCUGGCAGCUGAACAGGACCUGGGUGUUCCAGCCACAUGGAGCGUCUCUUCAGCCCCACACUAUGAUGCUGGACGAGGGCCACGAGAGGCUGUAUGUUGGGGCCAAGAAUACUCUGUUCUCCCUCAGUCUGGACCAGGUUAACACACACCACAGAGAGAUCCAGUGGGCCAGCACAGACUCUCAGAUAGAGGAGUGUUUGAUGAAGGGGAGAGAAAAGCUUGAGUGUGCAAACUACAUCAAGGUCCUGCAGCGGUACAACCACACCCAUCUGCUGGUCUGUGGAACAGGAGCGUUUAAUCCCGUCUGCACCCUGGUCAAGCUGGGACACUCAGGACAGGAGGGGCUGUUUGCUCUUGAAGAAGACAGUGUUACGAGUGGCAGAGGACGCUGUCCGUACGACCCCAAAAGUCCCUGCACGUCCACACUCUCCAGAGGGGAGCUGUAUAUUGGCCUGUACACCGACUACUGGGAGAACGAUGGAGCCUUGUGUCGACUGAACAACCAGACCUACACACGCACUGAGAGAGACGACAGGCAGCAGCUCAGCGAACCUAAAUUUGUGGGCUCAGCAGUUAUUCCUGACAACGACGACAGCAACGAUGAUAAAGUUUACUUUUUCUUCACCGAGCGAGAGAUGGAUGCCGAAGGACUCAACAAGGUGGUUUACACCCGAGUGGGGCGAGUCUGUGCGAACGACGUGGGAGGACAGAGGAUGCUGGUGAAUAGAUGGAGCUCCUUCCUGAAAACACGACUUAUCUGCUCUGUGGCUGGACCGAAUGGCAUUGACACACACUUUGAUGAUCUCGAGGAUGUAUUUGUUCUCAAGAACAAGGACGGAAAAAACCCAGAAAUCUUUGGCCUCUUCAGCACAACAAGUGCGGUGUUUAAAGGCUACGCUGUGUGCAUCUAUAACAUGGACGACAUCAGAGCAGCCUUCAAUGGUCCCUUCGCCUACAGAGAGAGACCUGAGCAUCGCUGGACACCUUACGAGGACAAAGUCCCCUACCCUCGACCUGGAUCUUGUGCCAGUAAAGUCAAUGGUGGUGGCUUCUCCAGCUCAAAGGAGUUUCCUGAUGAGGUUUUGCGGUUUGUGCGUUCUCAUCCUGUGAUGUAUCGUCCAGUCCUGCCCCAGCAUCAUCAACCUGUGCUGCUACAGACGGAGCCGGGCAGGAGAAAACUGACCCAGAUCGCUGUGGACAGAGUCCAGGCCCAGGACGGACACUACCACGUUCUGUACAUCGGCACCGAUGACUCAGUGGUGUUGAAAGUUAUCACCAUCUACAACAAAGACACAGACACUAUGGAGGAGGUGCUGCUGGAGGAGCUGCAAGUUUUCAAGGUGUCGGCACCAAUACGAGAAAUCAUAAUAUCAUCUAAAAGGCAACAGCUCUACGUGGGGUCGGAGGUUGGUGUGGCCCAGGUCAGACUGCAUCAGUGUGACCUCUAUGGCUCUGAGUGUGCUGAUUGUUGUCUGGCCAGAGACCCCUACUGUGCCUGGGACGGUCUCACGUGUUCCCGGUUGUACCCUGCCGGAGUCCACACCAAGAGCAGACGAUUCAGGCGACAGGAUGUUCGCCAUGGAAACGCCGUCCAGCUGUGCAAUGGGCUGCAAAUUGAUGGAGAAGGAUCUGAGGAGAGGCUGGUGUAUGGUGUCGAGAGGAACAGCACUUUACUGGAGUGUGUCCCUCGAUCACUUCAGGCCAAAGUACUCUGGUUCUUCCAGAAGGGAGAAGAGAGACGUGAGGUUCGAGGUGAUGAGCGGGUUAUCGAGAUCUCCCAGGGGCUACUGUUCUUACACGUGAAGAGCUCAGAUGCUGGUGUGUACAUUUGCCAGACUGUGGAGCACGGAUACGUGAACACAUUAUUACGUGUCACUCUGCACGUGCUCAGAGGGGAGAAGGUCGAGUCGACGAUCGACAGGGUGAGCGGCGAGAAGGAGGUGAAAGCUGCAGCUCGGUGCCACUCCUCCCCUGACCCCCCACCGAACCCCAGCAUCAGCCCCAGGGAGCUGCUUCCGGCCUCGGCCCCAGGCCACAUCUCCAGGCAGUGGUACAAGGAGUUUCUCCAGCUGAUUGGCUACGGGGAUGCCCAGAGAGUCGCAGAGUACUGUGAGAAAGUGUGGUGCACGGAUAAAAAACGUAAAAAGAACAAAAAGAAGUAUGCUCCUCCAGGUGGAGAGAAGAGAAGGAAAGAGAGGGGGGAGGAGAACUCCAACAGAGCGCCCAGGCACACCAUGGACACCUGAGGAGAACAGAGACUGACUGCGUGUACACACACAGACACACACACACACACACACACACACACACACACACACACACACACACUCAGUCCAAAGGUUAGACAGUGUCACAGUGUUUACACCAUGUAAAAUAUGUUCACUUUGCUUCGACAAAAGCAGAAAGAAAAAACAACUAUACCACAUUGUCAAGGUAUUGUAGCCUCAUUUAUCUUUCAGUACUUGAGUGGGUUGUUUCUGUUUUGUGGGAACUGAACCUCCGAACAUCAGUGUCGGAGCAGAACAGAGGAGGAGAUGGACGAAUGUUAAAGCUGCAUCUGAUCUAGAGAGACAGAACAUAAUGCCUCAGUUCCUGUGGACUGACCCAACCCUGACCCAGCUGUGGAAAUCAACCACACAGAGAUCGCCCCGUCAAACCUCUGCUCCACUUCUCAGUCAACUGCUACAUAUGAAAAAAUUCUUACUGUAUCUAUUAAGAGAGAAAAAAUAAUGGCCUUUAAUCUUUUUUUUAUUUUGGUAUAAGUUAUUUUCUUUGUUUUUAUUGAAUUCUGUAACUGUUUAAGUGUCAUAAACUGGAAAAUGUAGUGUAAUUUUUUGUACAGUGAAAAAUGCUUUGAGCUUUUACUGCAAUGUGUGUGGUGUGUGUAAACUAUGCACACAGAAAGAUGUUGCAAUGCCACUGUUAUGGACAGGCAUGUUUUAAGUAUAAUUAUGCCUUUGAUGAUAAAUAAUAACUAUUUAAGCACUUGUAAAACCUGUUAAAGUCGAUGAAAUGUGGAUAUUAUUAUUAUUAUUAUUGUUUUUUGUCUAUUUGACAUCUACAAUUGUGAUCAAAUGUACCAAACACUUCUUUGCGUAUUGUAUAUUGUAUUUAUCUAAAAUUCAGGGUGUUUUUUUCCUGCACAUCUGGUGACUAAUAACUGUGUUCAGAAAGUCUUCUCUCCACACUGGCUCUUCCUUCUUCCAUCUAUCACCCCUUGCUCUCCCUUCGUUCCCACGCCCCUUUUGUUUGUCUGGACCAGUGAUGCAGAUGGGAUUCAUAAUGACCACCAUGCACAGCACAUUUCCCUCAGAGGAAGAAGGAGAAGUAAAUGUCAGGGUGACCAUCCAAGCAUGUCAUCAGCUAAACUGAUGAGUCAGCCUCAUGAACGAUCAGUUAACGUCGAGAGAUGGAGAUGACGCCGCAGUUGUGGUUUAUAAUAAUAAUAAUCUGGAGGAUCAAGUCUUGUAAUGUUUUUGUGCCUUAUUUAUCUCUUAAUUGUGUCACUUUAUAUUACACCCUCUUGACGUUACUGUAUUUUUAUAUGGUAAAAAAAGAACUGCUUGGUUUUUGACCUUAUAUCGGCCCUCAUCAAUCUCCUUGAAUGUUCUGAGUCAAAAGGUCUGAAGUGACUUGUGUCUGACAUGGCAUUAAAAAGGAUGGACCAUCUUCUCCUGGUGUCACCUCUGUGGUUUAAUAAUAUAGUACACCAUACCUACACCUACACACACACACACACACACACACAGAGACUGAGCCAAUAAAGUGGAGAAGUGUAAAAAAGAGAGAGACCAUUAUAAGUUAUGAUCUGCCCCUAUACAGGACUUCUUCAUUCCCCCCCAAAAAAUAAAUUAUUAUCUCUGUUUUAUUUGAAUAUUUCUUGCCUCGUGUGUCUGGUUGUUUUACUUUACUUGUUUUGCUUUGCUGUGAUUUCCGGACCCCUCCUAAUUUCUAAUUUGUCCAAUUAUCUCUGUUUCCUCUGUUAGUUUGUGUUAAACCUUGUGCUUUUGAUCAUCGUCUUUCUCGUUCCAACAGUUUUUCCUUUUUUUACUACUAAGAAUUUUAACAUUCUGUUUGCCUGUCAGUCUGCCUCAGAGACUCAGUAAGCCUGUUUAUUAAAAUCAAAUA